AUGCUCGCCCGCACCCCGCCGAGCCGCCCGCGGUGGCCGCCACUGCUGCCGCUGCUCCUCCUGACCCUGGGGACCCCGCACCUGCGCGCCGAGCCUGGAGACGGGAUGCAGACCUGGAGCCGCCACGCGAGCGCUCCAUCCCCCGAGGCGGCGGGGCUUCUUCAUCACACCUUCCCCGACGGCUUCUUCUGGGCGGUGGGCAGCGCUGCCUACCAGACGGAGGGCGGCUGGCAGCAGCACGGCAAGGGCCCCUCCAUCUGGGACACGUUUACUCACAGCCCCCGACGCCCCUUCCCUGCGCCCCGGGGCUCCGAACUGCCGUCCACGGCUCCACGGGUUACCGGGGACGUGGCCAGCGACGGCUAUCACAAUGUCUUUCGCGACACAGAAGGGCUGCGCGAGCUCGGGGUCACCCACUACCGCUUUUCCAUCUCGUGGGCUCGGGUGCUCCCCAAUGGCAGCGCGGGUGUACCCAACCUCGAGGGGCUGCGCUAUUACCAGCACCUGCUGGAGCGGCUGGCAGAGCUCGGCGUGCGGCCCGUGGUCACCUUGUACCACUGGGACCUGCCCCAGAGCCUGCAGGACGCCUACGGUGGAUGGGCCAGCCGCGCCCUGGUUGAGCACUUCAGGGAUUACGCAGAGCUCUGCUUCCGUCACUUUGGCGGGCAGGUCAAGCACUGGAUCACCAUCGACAACCCCUACGUUGUGGCCUGGCAUGGCUAUGCCACUGGGCGCCUGGCACCCGGCGUCCGGGGCGGCCCGCGACUCGGGUACUUGGUGGCGCACAACCUCCUCCUGGCUCAUGCCAAAGUUUGGCAUCUAUACAACACCUCCUUCCGUCCAACUCAGGGAGGGCAGGUAUCCAUUGCUCUAAGCUCCCACUGGAUCAAUCCUCGAAGAAUGACUGACCAUAACAUCAGAGAGUGUCAAAAAUCUCUAGACUUUGUACUAGGGUGGUUUGCCAAACCCAUAUUUAUUGAUGGUGAUUACCCUGAAAGCAUGAAGAAUAAUCUUACAUCUCUUCUGCCUCAUUUUACGGAAUCUGAUAAAAACUUCAUCAAGGGAACUGCCGACUUUUUUGCUCUUUCCUUUGGACCAACCUUGAGUUUUCAGUUAUUGGAACCUUUUAUGAAGUUUCACCAAUUAGAAUCUCCCAACCUGAGGCAGCUUCUCUCCUGGAUUGACCUUGAAUAUAACCACCCUCAAAUAUUUAUUGUGGAGAAUGGAUGGUUUGUUUCAGGCAGCACCAAGAGAGAUGAUGCCAAAUAUAUGUACUACCUCAAAAAGUUCAUAGUGGAAACCUUAAAAGCCAUCAGAUUGGAUGGGGUAGAUGUCAUCGGAUACACAGCAUGGUCACUCAUGGAUGGAUUUGAGUGGCACCGAGGCUACAGCAUCAGACGUGGGCUCUUCUACAUUGACUUUCUUAGCCAGGAUAAAAAAUUGUUGCCAAAAUCUUCAGCCUUGUUCUACCAAAAACUCAUAGAGAAAAAUGGCUUCCCUCCUUUGCCUGAAAACCAACCAUUAGAAGGGACAUUUUCCUGUGACUUUGCUUGGGGAAUUGUUGACAACUACAUUCAAGUGGACACAACUCUGUCUCAGUUUACCGACUUGAAUAUUUACCUGUGGGAUGUCCAUCAUAGCAAAAAGCUCAUCAUGGUGGAUGGGGCCGUGGCCAAGAAGAGGAAACCCCAUUGCGUUGACCUGGCUGCCAUUCGACCACAGAUCUCCCUACUCCAGGACAUGCAUGUCACGCACUUUCACUUCUCCCUUGACUGGGCAUUGAUUCUGCCACUGGGUAACCAGUCACAGGUGAACCACACGGUACUGCGCUACUACCACUGCAUGGUCAGUGAGCUGGUUCGUGCUAACAUCACCCCGGUGGUGGCUUUAUGGCGACCUGCAGCCCCGCAUCAUGGGAUGCCACAGCCCCUAGUUGAACAAGGCGCCUGGGAGAACCCCCAAACUGCCCUGGCCUUUGUCGAGUACGCCAGACUUUGCUUUAGAGACCUUGGGCCUCACGUGAAGUUUUGGAUCACCAUGAGUGAGCCAUCCACCCGAAACAUGACAUACACAGCGGGCCACAACCUCCUGAAGGCACAUGCCUUGGCUUGGCACUUGUACGAUGACGAGUUCAGGUCUUCCCAGAAAGGGAAGAUUUCUAUAGCCUUGCUGGCAGAUUGGAUAGAACCCGCUUGCCCUUUCUCCCCAAGAGAUAAAGAAGCCGCAGAGAGAGUCCUGGAGUUUGACAUUGGCUGGUUGGCUGAGCCCAUUUUCGGUUCUGGAGAUUAUCCACAUGUAAUGAGGGACUGGCUGAACCAGAGAAACAAUUUCCUUCUACCUUAUUUCACGGAAGAUGAGAAGAAACUAAUCCAGGGUUCUUUUGACUUCAUGGCUUUAAGCCAUUACACCACCACCCUUGUAGAUUGGGAAAAAGAAGAUACAGAGAAAUAUAACGACUAUUUGGAAAUGCAAGAGAUGACAGACAGCACCUGGCUCAGCUCUCCAUCUCAGGUGGCAGUGGUGCCCUGGGGUUUACGUAAAAUCCUGAAUUGGCUCAAAUUAAAGUAUGGGGACUUCCCCACGUAUAUAAUAUCCAAUGGCAUCGAUGAUGAUCUACAAGCAGCCCAAGAUAAACUUAGGGUAUAUUACAUGCAGAAUUACAUAAACGAAGCACUGAAAGCCUACAUCUUAGAUGGCAUCAAUCUUUGUGGCUACUUUGCUUAUUCAUUUAAUGAUCGUACAGCUCCAAAGUUUGGCCUCUACCGUUAUGCUGCAAAUCAGUUUGAGCCCAAGCUGUCCAUGAAACAUUAUCGGAAAAUUAUUGAUGACAAUGGCUUUCCAGGCUCUGAGACUCUGGGAAAAUUUUGUCCUGAAGAAUUCACUCGGUGUGUCGGAUGCAGCUUUUUUCAUACUCGAAAAUUGUUGCUGACUUUCAUAGCUUUUCUACUUUUUACUUUUGUGAUUUCUCUUUCUCUUAUUUUUUACUACUCCAAGAAAGGCAGAAGAAGUUACAAAUAG